AACAACCCCAGUUUUACCCUGCUUCUUCAUACUAAACCAUUUUCAAGAACUCUGUCACAGUAUCUCUGGGGACUGGGGACUCAGUCUCAGCAAUGUCGCUCGACCCAGCAACAUUCGAAACCAUAGUCCCUUCUCGCCACAUCACCUUCACACUCCCCAACCCUCUCCUCCAUCUUAACCACUUCAACGCCUCUCUCCUCCGCGUAGCCGUCCUCGACUCGCCCACCGCCGCCGGACCCGCCAUGACCGCCGCCAUGUUGGUCCCUCUCUACCGCGAAUCGGACUGGACCUUCUCCACAGAGCCCGGCCACCUUCAGCUCCUCCUCAGCUUCCCGCACCUCUCCCGCCUUGUCCUUAUUGGCAACUCCCCGGAUUCCCCACUGCCCACUUCCUAUAAGCCCCCAUUGUCUGCAAAUGCUGUUUCCGAGACGUCGGUGAUCGAAGAGAGCUUGAUGCCUCUGCUGAUCGCGUUGAGUCCCAAAGAGGCAUUUCAUCGAACAGGCGGUGGGCUCCCUCAAAUCCCUUUCCUCAGCUACGAAGAUGAAGUGAUCCGUAGCGUUGUAUUGGAGAUAUGUGUUGGAGACCGUGUUGGUGAAAUGCUGGUGGAAGAUGUGGGGCUGGAAGUGACGAGUGGAGAUAGAGAGUUCCGGAGGAGGUUGAGAUUUAAGAGAAUGCCGAAUUUAAUCCAAACCCAGAUGAGAGUUCACCCGGAUUCACUGGAUUUUCAGGAGUUAGAGACAGUGGAAUUAAGACUGGAUAAUGGGAUCUUGGUUCAUCCUUAUUUGACCCCAAUGGUUGCUGGGCUAUCAGUGAUUGCUUCUUAUUUAGACAAUCAAAUACAGAGCGGGUUUAGGCCAAAAGCCCUGUGCUUGGGAGUUGGAGGAGGGGCAUUACUCAGUUUCUUGAAUGCCCAGUUGGGUUUUGAAGUUUUGGGCAUUGAGGAGGAUGAGGCUGUGCUGAGAAUUGCAAGAAAAUAUUUUGGCUUGAAAGACAGUGAAUCAAUGCAUUUAUGUGUAGGAGAUGGAAUACAAAUGAUUGAAAAACUAGGCCUUGGGGUUCCAAAUGGAAUUGAUGCAAGAACCGAUAAUGUUCUUGACAAGAUAAAUGGCAAAUUUAAUGCCAUUAUGGUUGAUCUGGACUCAAGUGAUGCUAGAAUGGGAACAAGUGCACCCCCACCAGAGUUUGUUCAGAAAUCCAUCCUGCUUGCAGCUAAGACACUUCUUAGUGAGCAUGGUGUUCUGAUUAUUAAUGUCAUUCCUCCAUGCAAGAGAUUCUAUGAAACACUAACAGAUGCAUUCCAAGAUGUUUUCGAGGAGUUAUAUGAAAUAGAUGUUGCAGAUAAGGAGAACUUUGUUGUUAUUGCAACCGUAUCACAGAUUCAGAGAGUUUCUGGUGAUGCUGACAACACUUUCCUAAGUAAGAUGAAGUCUGUAACAUCAGGAUCUUCUUACAUAGAUUCUAUCAGGGUAUUCUCAAGUGCUACUGCUGCCAUUGAUGGUGGCUAAGACACUUCUUAGCAAGCACGGUGUUCUUGUUAUUAAUGUCAUUCCUCCAUGCAAGAGACUAACAAAUGCAUUUCAAGAGUUUUUGAGGAGUUAUAUAGAUGGGGAGAAUUUUGUUGUGAUAUUGCAGUAUCAAAGAUGCAGAGAGUUUCUGGUGAUGUUGACAACAUUUCUCUAAGGAUACUGAUGCUAAUGAUAAGAUGAAUCCAUUUUCUGAACAAGAAGCAUGGGAGGAUCACCGAAUCUCCAAGGCUACACUCAAAUUUGGUUCAAAAGACAGAAAGGCAAAAUCCGAAGAUUACCAAUUUGUGUUUGAAGACCAGAUAGAUUUCAUAAAAGCAAGCAGUUAUGGAGGGUGUUAAUGUUGAUCAAGAGUCUGCUGUUGAUGAACUAGAAACAUUUGUUGCUAAAUCAGCACUUGAGAAACUACAGGUGUAAGGUGUUGUUGAUACAUAAUCUAUUGUUCUACAAGAGAAACUAGUCUGAAAUUUUCAAUCCCAGCUUCUCUUAUUUUGCGACUCAUCAUGAUCUGUUGUGACUUUCCUGGCUUUAUUUUCUCAGGCAGACAGGAAAACUCUCCCCAUCUACCCAUAUAGGGAUAAGUUGCUCCAAGCUAUUAAUGAUCAUCAGGUCCUAGUCAUUCUUGGAAAAACAGGUUCUGGGAAGACGACUCAGAUACCUCAAUACCUCGUUGAGUUGCUGCUCAUGUUUCCCAAGAAACGGGAGUCAGACUCGGGCAUGAGGUAAUGCUUUGAGGUUACUCUAGUCUGGCUCUUGGUUUGCUCUUUGUUUAAUUAACCUUUCUCAUUGAUUGAAAAUUUGCUACAUAGCUGAAGACAAAAAAAAUCUGUAAUCAAAUCUACCUGACAGGUUUACUAAUUGUUUUAAUUCUUUUGCUGAGAGUGUUA